AAAAUUUUUUCUAAAGUACCCCGAUCCAGAAGUUAUCGCGUACCACAUAAUCAACCAUGGAGAAGACGAAUCUGCAAUCGGUUUUGACCGAACAAGCUUUUAAAAUUUUUCGAUCCGGUGAUAUGUACAAGCAACAUAAAUUUAUUCAAAUGUAUUGUACGAAUGCGAGCGAUUUAAUAUUAUUGUAAAUCUGUUUUGUAAACUAAUAAAUGUGGAAAAUUUUAUCUUGACAUUUUUAGACGAUGAUGCUGAUAUUUUGGUCCUUCUCUUUGGAUGACACAAAAGCAAGUACAGAAGAGUCUAAUUUUUGAAAAAAUCACAGAUGAGUUUCGUCCACUAGCGACCACAUUCUUAUUUGUUAAUUUAUUUCACUAUUGAUAGUUUACUCGCAUACAUAUGACGUAUCAUAUAACGUAUAUAAAUAAAUAAACGAACAAAAUCAGUUGACUUUUUCCACUGAUUUACUGACUGUUCACCUGACUUAUUAUUAUAGCUAAAAACAUUUCAGUUGUUUUUAUAACUGUAGAGUAAAGUCAUAGAGUAGUUAGUUCUUACGUCUAAGAUAAAUGACGUGAUGUAUAUAUACAAGGGUGUACAUUUGAUUUCUAAUUCAGACCAAUAUCGGUCUAGCCUCUAGAGAUCAAUGUCAGUUUUUUGUUGUUUAAUAGUGAAUCCAAUCUGAUAUUGAUCAAAAUGAGUUGCAUGCCAGAGGAUUUCGUCUUGUUGAUUUUUGGUAGCUAUUACGACAGAUUUAAUAUAGGCAGAAAUAUGAUCAUUUUAGAUUAUGGCAAAACAUUCAAAACAGACAAAAAAAUUUCUUAGAUUAGUCCAGAAUCAUGAUUGCGAUGAAGUUGAUCGAUUAUUCGAAAAUAUUUAUUAUUCGUCGAAUAAGAAUUUAUUACCACCUGUUCAUGUAUUAACUAGUGACGAUGAUAAAAAUCGUUUAACAUCCGAUAAAUGUUCAAUAUGUUUAGAAGACUUUCAAUGUGAUGAUAAAAUACGUACACUUCUUUGUCAUCAUUCAUUUCAUUCUGUUUGCAUUGGUAAAUGGUCAAAUAUCGAUCAACCGUGUCCCUAUUGUCGCCAAAAACCGAUCAUUGAUAUAAAUGCUUAUGAUCAAGAUGGUUUUACAGCAUUACAUCUGGCUUGUCUUCAAAAGCAAGAAAAAUUAGUUGAUGUACUAAUUAAAUGGCAUGCCAAUUUAAAUCUUAGAAAUAAAUUAAAAUUCAUCAAACCAUUAGAAGAAACACCGCUAAUUAUUGCAGCUAUUUAUAAUCAUUUUAAUAUUGUUGAAAAAUUAUUAAUGAAUGGUGCUAAAGCUGAUUGUUGUGAUAUUCACGGAUAUACGGCAUUGACAAGAGCAAAACAAGGAAAAUAUGUUAGUUUAGAUCCAGAACAUGGAAUAGAAAAUAAUAAAAAAUUGAUAAAAUUAAUUGAAAAUGCAUUAGAAGAACAAAAUAAUGAACAUUCGCAUUUAAUUAAACAUGCCGAUAAAUUAAGAGAAUUAGGUAAUGAAUGUUUUCGAAAUGGUAAAUAUUUUGAAGCACUUGAACAUUACAUUAAAUCGGUUGAAUUAAACGAAAAUGAUUAUCGUAUCUAUAGUAAUAUGGCAGCAUGUUAUUUAAGUUUGAAACAAUAUCAAAAAGCAUUAGAUUCAUCGAUCAAAUGUACAAAAUUAAAUCCAACAUUUGCUAAAGGUUAUUAUCGACAAGCAAAAGCAUAUAUGGGUAGACGUGAUUUUCCUAGGGCUAAAAUGGUAUGUGAAAAAGGUUUAAAACAUUGUGAUAGUAAUGAUACCCAAGAAUUACAAAAAUUAGUCGAUUUAUUUAUUGAACGUCAUGUAUCAGAUGCAAUAGCCAGUCCAUUUUCAACCGAAUCACAAUAUGUUUGCCAUCAAAUUGAACAUUGUGGUAUGCCCUAUUUUUUAUGUUCAUAUUGUUUACGACAGAUAUCGAUGGAUAGAAAAAUGGAUAAAGAAUGUCCACAUUGUGCAUGUAACCCGAAUGGAAUUGGAAUGGGUCCAAAAUAUGCACCAUGA